CAGUCAAAUCAGGCCUGCAAACGUGAGCACAAGUGAAGAAGGAAGUUCAAGACGCAGUUUCUCAGGUAUUCCAAUGUUUUUUGCCAAUAAACUUGGUGAGAAUGUUGCUGGCUAAUGCCAUAGAGUACCUACAAACUCUAGUCUUCCCCUUCCUGUGGUUUGUUUGCAAAUCGGCCUUGAACUAAAACAGACUGCAGUGUAUAGUUUCAAUAUCAUGAGCUCUUUGAGUCAAGAUACAUUGCUUAUGCAUUUCCUGCAGAUUUGAAGUGAAACCUACUCAAUUUGAAGUGAAACGGGUUGAAUUUGAAAGGAAACAUCCUCGUUAUUUUGAUAUUUGAACACUGGUGCAAGGUGUAAGAUGGAGCAUGGAUCAAACCCUCAUUUGGAAUCUCCAGAGCCAGAGCUAGAUGAGCUAGAAAUGAAUGGUCUCGAAGCGGAAGGGAAAGUGAGUAAGUCGGUUAGUUUUCACGAGGACAACGGAACUGACGAAACUAACGCCAAUGGAGCAACACCACCGCCACCGAGUCAGCAGAAAGAUGGCCUUAUAUCCCAUGAGAAUGAAGAACUCAGGGACCGGGUCACCAACCUUGAGAAGAAGGUUGAGCAGCAGGAGGAUGAGAUUCUAUGCCUUAAGAGUGCGCUGUCUGACGUCAUCCGACGUAUGACCGUACUCGAAAACACAAAAGGUAAUUGUAAAUGUUAUUUGCUGCAUGCUAAAAAUCCCUACACAGGUGUCCAUGCAAUUACGCGAGAAACCUCAGAUGUGUUAAGCACAGCGCCAAUGUCGGCGCCAAAACCAAAAUAUCGCGGUAUGGUAGGCCCGAAGAUGCCGCCAAAAUCGUCUGGAAGAUCAAGAAGUCCAGUCCGUCCAUCUAUGGGUACAGCUGAUCGCUAUCGGCAGACUCACCCUGGUGAUAAUAACCGGAGUCGUAACUCACAAAAAGUGGGCAGUUCACCAUUGCGAUCCCAUAGUGUGGAGCGCUUAAACUUCAAUGAGCGUCGCAACCAAAUGCGGGCAUCCAAAUCAGUAGAGAACCUUCGAAGAUCAGAACCGUUACCCCUGAAAUUAGCACCACAGAGACCUUCAGCAAAACAGACAACUACUCCUGGACGAUUGAGGCCAGAGACACCGAAACGACAAACAAGAAGUUAUCCUUCAAAAGGGAAGAGCAGUUCUGGUAGUAUGUCCCCCAGCACGCCGUCCGAUGUUCUCUCCCCGACUGAAGAAUUCAUCACUGUCCAGACGUCCUACAAGGUCGAAUCCAAACCAAACAACUGCGACUUUAAAGGCAGUGGAUCAGGUAUGAAGGUGACCUUGAGGAAAGGCAGCCAAGGUAGCGGAGAUGGUGACGACUUUCGACAGAAACGCUCCCAAGCUGUUGAGGUGCAUCCAAGACGUCUUUCCAAGACUCUUAGUCCUGACGCGGAGGAUUAUACUUAUGAAGGCUUGGUGAAUGACCCUGACCUCGAUUUCGAGGUUGCUGAGACAAUGAUUGAGAUAAUGGAUGAGGAAUCCUCACAGAAUAACCUUCUGCCAUCCAAAACCUCGGUGAAAAGCAUAGUCCACAAAAGCGCACACCGGCCGUCGCCAUCAGCUUCUGCUCGUCGUACAACAUCUGCAGAUGGCAUCUCAAUCUCGCUGCGUCAUUCCCCGAAGGGAUCGCCAAGAAAUACCGGGUCACCUUCGAUGAAAAAAUGGGCCUCCGCCUCCAUACCUGCCAAUGCAGCCGACCAAAAUGGCACGGCACCAAAACGUUCGGAAUCAGUGACUAGCUUACCCAGCAAACAAACCCCACCCACCAAACGAGAGUCAAUUUCUCAUCGUCAGAGUAAUAAAGAGCCAGGUUUCAUGAAAGAGGAUGGCUAUCUCAAACUGUUCAUGAGAGGCAGGCCAGUCACCCUGCAUGCGCCAACGGAACUGAUCGAGAAUUACGAUGUCACUAAAGCUGGCCAGGCUUCCACAGAAAAACUCAAGCUCGAAUGGGUGUAUGGUUAUCGAGGGCGUGACUGCCGGUCCAACGUCCAUUUCCUACCCACUGGGGAGAUUGUUUAUUUCAUUGCCUCGGUGGUUGUAUUGUAUAAUGGUGAGGAGCAGAUGCAGAGGCAUUACCUGGGACAUAAUGAUGACGUCAAGUGUUUGGCAGUGCAUCCAGACAAGAUAACGAUAGCCACAGGUCAGGUGGCUGGCCAUGAUAAAGCCUACGGGAAGAUGUCAGCACAUCGGACAAGCCCCAGCAGCAGACGCAAGCCCACGCAACCUGAUCCUAGUUUAUACCUGCCGCAUGUUCGAGUAUGGAACUCAGUCAGCCUGGCAACCAUGCACAUCAUUGGCCUCGGAGAUUUCGAUAGGGCCGUCUGCUGUCUUUCAUUCUCAAAAGCGGAUGGUGGUAUGUACCUGUGUGCUGUAGAUGAGGGCAAUGACCACAUCCUUUCAAUAUGGGACUGGCAAAAUGGAGACAAAGGUAGAAAGGUCACAGAAACCAAGUGCUCCCAAGAACCAGUAUUAGCCGCAGAAUUCCAUCCAUUUGAAAAGAACAUGAUUGUGACGUGUGGUAAAAGUCAACUUGCCUUCUUCACCUUGGAUAAUGGGUCAAUCAACAAGAAACAAGGUGUAUAUGAGAAAUAUGACAAACCCAAGUAUGUGCUGUGUCUGACGUUUGCUGAGAAUGGUGAUGUGAUAACUGGUGAUUCCAAUGGCAACAUAUUUGUCUGGCCAAGAGGGACCAAUAAGAUCGGCACAGCCGUGAACGGUGCCCAUGAUGGUGGCAUCUUCUCGAUGUUGAUAUUGAAAGACGGCAGUUUGCUAUCGGGAGGUGGCAAGGAUAGAAAGAUCGUCCAGUGGGACUCUAGCUGGAACCGGAUGGAAAAAGAAACCACUCUUGCUGAACAGUAUGGUGCUGUGAGGACACUCACUCAAGGGCGCGGCAACAUGAUCCUGGCUGGGACGACGAAGAAUAGCAUCUUGCAGGGAACUCUAGAUCUGGAAUUCAGCCCUGUUGUGCAGGGUCACACAGAUGAGCUGUGGGGUCUAGCUAUCCACCCCAACCAGCACCAGUUCCUCUCAUGUGCAUACGAUCGCCACGUUUACCUGUGGGAUGCACUGACUCAUACUGUCGUCUGGUCAAAGGAAUUAAACGACAUGGCACAUUCCGCAUGUUUCUACCCAGAGGGUGACAUUGUAGCCAUUGGUACCCAGACAGGUCGUUGGCUGGUCAUUGACACAACUGCUAGAGAAAUUAUUGCUGUCCAUACAGAUGGCAAUGAGCAGAUUGAAUGUUUAGAAUACUCCCCUGAUGGUCGUUUCAUCGCGAUCGGAUCACGAGAUAACAGCAUCUAUGUGUACCAGACCACAGAAGGUGGCAGGAAGUACAGCCGAGUCGGCAAAUGCACUGGCCAUUCUAGUUUCAUUACACACUUAGAUUGGUCAGAGGACAGUCAGUUCAUACAGUCAAACUCAGGGGAUUAUGAAAUCUUAUACUGGUCAUCCUCAAAUUGUCACCAGGUGCCAUCUGCUUCCAACAUGAGAGACGUGAAAUGGAAAACACAAAGCUGUACGCUAGGAUUCACAGUGGCAGGUAUCUGGCCUGAGGGAGCUGAUGGUACCGAUGUGAAUGCCUGUGCCAGGUCCCAUCAGCAGAAGGUCCUAGCUAGUGCCGAUGACUAUGGCAAAGUCAACCUAUUCUCCUACCCAUGUUGUCAACCAAAGACUACAGCACACAUCUACAGCGGUCACAGUAGUCAUGUGACAAACGUUAAAUUCCUGUACGAUGAUAGCCGAUUGUUGUCGGCUGGCGGAAAGGACACUGCGCUCAUGCAAUGGGAGAUUAUUUAAAUCAUGAUUGGAUGAUUCUUCUUGCAUAUUUUGGAAUUGAUAUGAACACUUAUUGGAAAUGGCGAGCAGAUUUUCUAGAAGUUCUUUUCUAAUGUGUUUUUGCUGAAAAGGAAAGUCUUUUGAAACAUCAAUGUUAUAUGGUAAUCAACUAGUAAUGCAUUUGUUUUGAAAAAAAUUGAAAAUCUGUCUCAUAUGGAUGGACACAUGGAAAUGUUUUCAGUAGCGAAAUAAGAGGUCUUUGAUUUGAAACACGGAACCAACUGUUUCUGGCCUGAGCUGAACUCAUACUGUAAGCCUUAAAUUUUCAUGAUGCUAAAUGAUGCCGAAUUUGCUAAUGAAGAACAACCGGGUCAAGCUGAAGAAUCUCGCCUACGACUAGUGUCCUAUCUCAGAUUUAUUUGAGAGUUGGGUUCCAAAAGUGUUAUCCAUGAGCGUUCACUUUAUAGUAAUUGUUCAUCUAAUGCAUAAAAAGCUUGAAAUUUUGUUUGAAAAGGUGUGUUUUCUAACUGCACUUGUAACCAAAUGUAUCUGUAGAUCGACUCUUGUAUGAAACACAGCUUGUUCGACUGUUAUCUUAUAGUCUAUGUUUUGUAUAUCAGUGUUGCAACUUUUAUACGUGGCUCACCAGAUCUUUGUGUCACUGGGCCUAAAACUACCUGUAGAAAGCUGCAGAUGACCUUGCUCCGUCAAUGAGGAGCGCAUUUUUGGAUGGACAUAUGAAUUGUUGCUUGCUUCAAACACCCUAAGCUAAGUUGAAAUCAAAGCUUUUUUUCAAGAAAUUUAAGAUUAUUACCUGUGGUAUGGUUUUUUGUAAGUUUACACAUUCCCCAUUAAACUAGGCUUGAUAAAGGAUUUGAUAGAGAUUCCAGAGUUAUGAAGUAAAAGUAGUAAAAAAAUUACAUCUAAACAAGUUGCUUUGCUUAGGAGAACAUGUGUGAACUGCUACUAUGCCAUUGGAAAACUCUUGGGUUGUUGGUUUAAAGAUGUAAUUUUGUUCCUAGGUUUUUGUCAAAGUAUUUGAUCGUCAACCAGUGGUUAUAUGUAUAGCACUAUGAUUAUUUCACUGAAUCAUUCCUCAGUAUUAUCAUUUCAUCAAAAACAAGUCUUAAUGAAAAAACUCAUCAGACCACUGCUUGAAUAGCUUCAUCUAGUUUUGCAAAUUCAAACCAUUUUUGUAGCAAUACCCAUGCACGAAUUGAAAAAAAUAUCCAUUAUCAAUUGUGAAUAUUUGUAAAAGUUCUUGCAAUAAUUUAUUAGAUUGAAUGAUUACUGCAUUACAUGAGGUCAUAACAUAUCUGCAAGGCCACUUGUCCGUUGCGUGUCCUGUUUCACGUUUAACUGAAAAUCUUAUUCAGAAUGUAUGAAUAGAUAUUUUCAUUGUUUAUGUUAAAUUAAAUCAAUGUCAGUUUAAUAGAUGGGGCACUUGUGGACUGCCAUCGCUGAUUUUUAAAGAACAUUACGGAUAUUGUCAAUUUUCAGCUCGAUGUGCUGACAGUGAAUAUGCGUGUAAAUGAGAGCCUAAAGUUUUGUAAUUGACUGGACGAUGGUGGGAACUUGUACAUACCAUUUACUUUCUUACCAAGUACAUUCAUCAGUUCAUUUUCUUACUUUCUUCAGCUUGUUUUGUUGUUUUCCUCAGUUAGUUUGCUCCCUACCAAUUUGGAUAAGAUUGGGAUAAUAACAAGCGCGAGUUGUAACUUCUGCUGCGUGUAAAGUUUGUGACGUCUUUUUUUAUUUAAAGUGUGUGGGUCUUUGAAUAAUAGCAUGUUGAAUUCAAUUUCGAGUUGUAUGUACAUGUAUAUUAUUUGCAUGCUACUUCCAUCAAAUUUGUACAAGUUAUGUUCACGACUUGUCAUUAAGUCUUGAGAAUGAAAUUAACCUUUUCCCCCAUACUGUCAUCUAUGGACUUUGAACCUGGGUGCAAAUAUAUGUUGGGUAAGGGUGUCAAUAUGGCAUGUGGAGCCUAUUGAACUUUGCAAACCAGACGUUUUCAAAACCAUGGAUGUAUGGCUUUCUGCUUCCGUUUUCAUGGCUACAUGGAGACCUCACAGAUUUGAUUUUCUAACCUUUAAAUAAUUUAAUGAUGAAUCUGUGAUACUUGUUCAAGUCUAUUAUGCAAAUUCUCUAAAACCAUGAUUAUGAGUAAUAAUUGAGGCAUUUGUCAGUAUAUUGUCAGUGCAUCAGUAAAACACCUUUGAGGACUUUGAAACAACACCACAAUCGGCAGAAUCGGGAUAAAAUUUCCCGAUUUUGCAUCUGGUUACGCAUGCACAUUGAUUAGUAACCAAAGUCACCAAGUGGUAGACUUACCUAUGCUCAUGUGUGACAAGAUACAAAAUCUGGAAAUUUCUUGAACUUCUGCCACCCUUCCUCAAAGUAGUACAUGUAUUCUAUUCUAAAAUUUGGAAUGACCAGAAGGAAAUGUGGCUGUUUUGUUUUGCUGAGUACAGUCUACUGAUUCAGACUUUGCUUGUGAAAGGAAUUUGACAGGCUGAUUCCUAUUUGUGGUUUUAGAGUAUACGUAGACAUGUACCUCUUCUACAUUAGUGUUGGAUCACGUUUGGAGCUUAGCUUCGAGAGGAUUGAUGGAUUUUAAUGAACGAAGUCUGUUUCUGGAAAUAAAUCCAUCUUUCCCUCACAUGCAGCUUAAAUUUAGGAAAUAAAUGAGAGAUUAUUCAAGAGAAAACAUUUUGUGUUAUGCUACAUGUAUGACACUAUGCUUGUAAGGUGUGACGAAGAGGUGGAAGGAUGUUGGUUGUAACUGUGUACAUUGUAUGAUGUAGUUUGAUUUAAGUGUAGUAUUCUGCAUUAGUUGUAAGCGAUUGUUUUUGUAAAUAUUGCCAUAAACAAUACAUGGAUCACGUCUCUAUGUCUGGUUGAAGUCAGGGGAUCGAUUUUGAACUGAUUUUUUUACAUAUAUUUCCCUAUUUCUGUCAUUUGUACCUUUGUACCUCUGUGCUGGCUGUCAUGUUAGAUUUGUCAUCAUCUUAAUUAUCACAGUUAAUCAAGAUUGUUGUACUUGUUCACUCUGCUUUGUAAAUUUUUGAAGUUGAGGGAAGCCAUGUUUAAGUAAUGGUCAUAUGUAACUUACAAUUUGCAUUGCCAAAUCUAUUGAAUGCGGUCUUUUAACUUUUUGUGGAGAGCGCAUAGACUGGCAUAUCUACUUCCCCUUUAAAUUUGAAACUCAAUUGAAACCUGAUCCAGUUUCCAUGAUGUUUUUUGUGUCAUGUCUGUCUGUACGCGACCUUUUUGUGAGAAGGGCUUCGGCUGACUAUUAACCAUCAAGAACGAGAGGGUGAAGAGUUUUGAAGUGGAAUAGUGUCAGAAUUUGGGUCAUUCUGAUCUGGCUGAUAUUGAUGGCCGCUUCCAGUGGAGACUGCUCAGGGGCUUUGAAAGUGUCAAUACAACUUUUAUCCAUGAGCUAAAGUCUCGGUGCAUGACACCUAACCUUGUGGUUAAGUCCUUUGAGGGUUAAUCAUUGUAGCCAGCUUUUCGUGAUGGCUUCUUCACUUGGCUGUGUCUAGGUUCCAUGUUAUUGUACUAUAUGAUGUAAAUGGCAGAAUAUUUUCAAUUUGAAGCAUGUCAUUAUUUAUCUGGUCUAUUUUCUUUAUGGUAAAGGUUACAUGGGGAUAUUUAUUAAUUCCAGGUAAAUAAACUUCAAUGCUUUAAAAUAAUAA